UUCGCCCGCCCGGGUGCGGACCGGAACCGUGGGGCUGCCGACCCCGACACCGACCCUGUCGGGCUGCGGGUGCCGCGGUGCGCCCAGUGCUCCGCAAUCCUGCGGCGGGCGGUAUGGGAUAACGCGGCCAUGGUACGCCGAGAUCGCCUCCGCAGGAUGAGGGAGUGGUGGGUCCAGGUGGGGCUCUUGGCUGUGCCCUUGCUGGCUGCGUACCUGCACAUCCCACCCCCUCAGCUCUCCCCUGCCCUGCACUCCUGGAAGACUUCGGGCAAGUUUUUCACCUACAAGGGGCUGCGCAUCUUCUACCAAGACUCUGUGGGUGUGGUCGGGAGUCCUGAGAUCGUUGUGCUUUUACACGGCUUUCCAACAUCCAGCUAUGAUUGGUACAAGAUCUGGGAAGGUUUGACCCUGAGGUUUCAUCGAGUGAUUGCCCUUGACUUCUUGGGCUUUGGCUUCAGCGACAAACCGAGACCACACCACUACUCCAUAUUUGAGCAGGCCAGCAUCGUGGAGGCACUUUUGCGGCACCUGGGGCUUCAGAAUCGCAGGAUCAACCUGUUGUCUCACGAUUAUGGAGACAUUGUUGCUCAGGAGCUUCUGUACAGGUACAAGCAGAAUCGAUCCGGCCGGCUUACCAUAAAGAGUCUCUGUCUGUCAAAUGGAGGUAUCUUUCCUGAGACCCAUCGCCCUCUUCUUCUCCAAAAGCUUCUCAAAGAUGGAGGUGUGCUCUCACCCAUCCUCACUCGGCUGAUGAACUUCUUUGUGUUCUCUCGAGGCCUCACCCCCGUCUUCGGACCAUACACUCGGCCUUCUGAGAGUGAGCUGUGGGACAUGUGGGCUGGGAUCCGCAACAACGACGGGAACCUGGUCAUUGACAGUCUCUUACAGUACAUCAACCAGAGGAAGAAGUUUAGAAGACGCUGGGUAGGAGCACUUGCCUCUGUCACUAUCCCCAUUCAUUUUAUCUACGGGCCUUUGGAUCCUGUAAAUCCCUAUCCAGAGUUUUUGGAGCUGUACAGGCAAACGCUGCCGCGGUCCACAGUGUCGAUUCUGGAUGAGCACAUUAGCCACUACCCACAGCUAGAGGACCCCAUGGGCUUCUUGAAUGCGUACAUGGGCUUCAUCAACUCCUUCUGAGCUGGAAAGAGUAGCUGCCCUGUAUCACCUCCCCCGCUCCUGCAUUUGUGUGUGUUCCAUUUAGGAAGAAAUGCCCAAAAGAGGUCCUGGCAAUCAAACACUGUUUUCUUAUAAAAGUCUACUUCAUUCACAUUGGUGAACAGAAUCUAGAAAAAAGGCAGAAGUUCUAACUAAGGGUGCCAUAACCCACCUCUCAUUCCUGCGACAUCUGGUCAAGGACGUGGGUUUGCCUGUCUUUGUGUUAUUAGGAAAUUUUGAUGAGUAAUUCUUCUCACUUAGGCAACAUGACAGACAUUCUUUUGCAUAAAAGAUUUAAAAACAAA